UGACUUUACCGAAAGAACCAAAGAAGAUAAAUCCUUGCAGUCACGAAAGCUUUAAAUCGAAAUUUAGUCUGUUCAAGAGUAUACUUUGCUGUUUUCGUUUGUGUUUGUCGCUGGCGUACUCAAAAGCAAGUGUUGACCAGUGCUCUUCUAACAUGUGUGUUGGUGACAUUUCAGGGCUCAGUCGGUGCUGUAUUUACAAGCGUAGUGUAAUUAACAAUAGUUCAACACGUCCGACCAGUAAGUAACGCCUUGUAAUGGCAUAGGCAGGAGUGUGUCUUAAAAAAACAACUCUUAUACGUUAUAUGCUGUAUAUAUAAGACAGGGUUGGGCGCAAAUCCAUUAGACAUGGUGAGCAAUGGCUAAAGCCACUAAAGUGCCCUUAAGCGCAACUUGAUCAUACAGCAGACGCUUAGUGGCAACGUGGUGAGACCUCGCCUAAUUCUGAAGGGCACUCCUGCAAAGUAGUGGUUCUUGACCCACCUCCCCAUCUAAAAAUCAAGCACUUAUGAUCACAGUUAUGUCAUUACUAUUUGACCGAAAUGAGCCAGUCGGUGGAUGUUGAGAUAUGCAAUGCCUGUAAAUUAUUUUGAUAAGCAAGAUAUCUUUAUUUGAUUGUGGAUACAAGUUCUGUGUGCGUUUAUUUUUUCUUCCACUCUUACUCCCAGGUGCAAAACUUACGAGGAAAAUAAUUGGUCACAUUGGCUGAAAGUAUUGAGAAUCGCUGAGGUUUUAAAAAAAAUGCUUACCCGCUUAUGACAUUGAGGGCUAAGUUAACACUGUAUAGGGAAGGCCAAGUCUAUAGUCAGCUAUCGUAUUCCAUUGACGUUGUAUGUGGCCAGGAAUUGAACAUACGGAUGAACCACUAUGCCACUGAAAACUAAAGUUUCACACCCAUACAGGCAGACGCACCACAACCUGCAGUGAAAUGUCUACAAGGCUUUACGAUAUAUUUAAAUACUUUUCCCCUUCACGAUCAAUCUGCAAGGUAACAGCAAGUUGCAGAAACUCCUUUCGUCACGGAACAACCUUUGAACAAACUCUAACAAUAGAAAAUGAAUUGCUUAAGUGUCUCCCCAUCCAAGGGUUUUAUGGGUUAAUAUUUUCAAGUUCAGCAUGCAUUUUGAAAACGUAUUCUUUUAGCUAUGUGUGCAAUUCACUGUAACUUGGUGUCAGUUGGGUUGAGGAGUCUUGACUUCAACUUAAAUGCUUUACCCCUAAUAACGUAUGGUGGAGAACAAAGUCAACUAACUUGUAAAACAACUAACAUUUGUUUUCCAUGUGACACAACACAAAUAUAUGGUCCAAUAUCCCUGACUUCAGUGGCUGCAAUUUUCUUUGUAGAACUGCUGUUGAUUAUGGUGUAUUUGUAAUCCAUCGAGUUUCCGAAAAAUAUUUUUCAAUAGCAUUAAAAGGGUAUAAUUGUUAAAAUGCGUAUAGAUCUCUGCUCAUCUCUGUUGGCAGCCCUGUGCUCUUUAUGAAAAUUGCGUAUUCCUUUGGCCAGGGCCUGUACCUCCAAUAGGGAGGCCACUGUUGAUGUCCCACAAAUUUGUACUUACUUCAUUAACUCCGUAGGGGUUAUUGGCCGAGUCAACUUCUUACCAAUAAUUUAACUUUCCAAGCACUGUACCAUACCAGCACCACCACCAUCCGGCUGGGGAUAUCGGGACUAUGCCAAGUUAACAGUAGCUUCUGGAGCCCAGCUAAAACCACUGUUACUCCUUCCCUUACUAGACUUAGCAGGCUCCUAUGUUUAUGUGCAUUAUCGUGCAGGAAUAACACAGUCGGGGGGCCAUACUGGAGGGCAGUCUCGCAUUGUGGUCUUGCAUUGCUCGUAGUGGUGACCCAUAGAGUGAAUCUUUUGGCAAAUACAAGCCAGAUGUGACAGCUACGAGCUGGGCUGGAAGUGGCCUCACUCGCAACUAGCACGCUCUGUAAAUAAUUGUCCAUUGUUUUUUUGUUUGUUAACAAUGCGGGAUGCACCAACUUAAAUCUUCAUAUUUCUUCCUUUGUUGUCUUGUACGUAUUCUUUUUUUUAUAUAGUCAACUUGGCCAGUGAUAAUGCAGAGGCAAUAGACAACUCGGAUCUGCUUGUUUUAAAAAUAAAUAACACAGCAUCAUGGCAUUUAGUAUAAAUACUGCCUUUACAAGCAUGUGUAUGGUACAAAACAUGCGAGCAAGUCAUGCAGUAAUAUCCAGUGUGUAUUUGCACAUGUUUAUGCGAGACUGUGUGUUCAUCUGUUACUUUUUAAGUUUCCUUUAUUUGUAGAGGGGUGGGAUUUUAUUUUAAGCUUUAAGAAACCUUCGGUAAUUUUUUUGUAUUUCAGCAAGACAAUACUGGUCCGAGUUUAAUGUCAUGUAUGUGUGCGGCAUGCACAUCAAUAUGUUGCUUUCAAGUUCUCCCAAAGCUGUGCACCUUGGAAAAAGUCCACAUACGUGAUUGUGAUCGAAACCUCAGAGGGAGCCACGUGUAUCUGCGAGAUCCGUGAGGUCCAGGAUAAUAUUUCUUUGAAAUGUCCCCGUGCCAUUUAAUACUUCACUCGUAUACAACAUUCAAAAGUCCCUAUUAUGUGCUGAUUAGCGUAUGCAAAUUCAGAAACGUGAUGCCGUUCCCUAAGAUGAAAGUGCAUUCAUUUUGCGAUGACUUCAACGUGCAUUAAGUGGCCUUUUAAUUAUUAAAGAUAUGCAAAGUGAAAUACCAACUCGCAAAAUGCCAAAGGAUUACCCGUGUAGACUUUUAGACUGCUGUGCAAAAUUCUGUUAGUGAGCACCUAUUGGAGUCAUGGUGACACAUCCAGGGUUUGACUGAGGCAAGGGCACUGGGGAUUUUGCUGGUUCUGGUAAAGUGUUUUUUUAUCCUUUAAACCAAGGGUAUGCAUAUGACGUCUUGCAGCUUUAAUAUGAAUGGAAGUCUAGCAGCAGUUACAUUUUCAUUAGCUUCUUCUGCUCUUUGUACUGUCCUUGCAGGAAACUUGAUGGCUGCACACUUCGGUUAUCAUUAUUAAUAAAGGAAACUUGAAAAUGGAAAUAGUCUCAAGGGUAAACAUAUACAUAAAAUAGUCCUUCACGUGACAUCUUUAACAUUUUAGUCAUGAUUUAUUUGAAAGACACUUUCCGGAGGGUCUUUAUUUUGUAAAUUUUUGACUUUCCUUUGGGGGCAGCAUGGAUUUCUUUUUGGCAUUCCAAAAAAACAGUAGUACCUUGGAAAAAAACUCCAUACCUUAGUUCUAGGAAAAUAACUCAACCUCCACACAUUUUGUUCCAACUUCCUUGUUUCAGGGCAGAACAAAAAAUCCAACUCUUGGAUUGUUUGCUGAGCACAGAGCCAAAAUUCCAAGCCAUCGACAACAAACCACACGAAUGAAGAUCAGGAGCUGGUGCUUCGUCAGGCGAUGCCGGAGGUGAGAGAGCUGAGAGAAGCCCUGCCAGAGAUGUCCCAGGCUCCCAUCACGGGCAUCGGCAUGGUGGCCAGCCGUGGCUCUGCUCCACAGGGAUACGAGGUGAUCUUAAACUCGGACGACAACGUGGAGGCCGACCUUUGGAAAGACAAGAUGUUCAAGUCGAAGACAAAGCGCUACCUCUGCGUCACCCGGAAACCCAAUUGUACUCUGGGAGUGACUACACAAGGCGAAGAGGCCUCCGCUCCGGGACAUGGCGACAACGUGGUGGUGGACAUGAAGCUGGUGGGAGAGAAGGAGACGCUGCCCGUGGGAUUUAUGGCCGUGCAGGACACCCUGGACACGAAGGAGCCUGCGCUGCAGAAGAAGCGCCUGUGCGUGAAGCUGAUCCCGCGCGACUCCACGGAGGUCGCCGUCUGCGACGUCAAGGUCAACGGGCGGGCGCGCCAGCCCCCGCCGCACUACACCUUCAUCGGGGAGCUGAACAGCAUGGGGCUGUGGUUUAAGCUGGGCAGGGUUCCCAAGUCUCCCUACCGCAUGGUCAGGGGGCCCAGCGCCCCCCAGCUGCCAACCCCAACGCCCUCCCCCAGACCCAAGAUGCCCCCAAGGCAAGACUCGGCUCCUCUCCCGGCGUUGCCCAGCAGGUUCGAUGCCCGGUUAGACACCAGCUAUCAGAGCCAAGCCAUCUACACGUCCGCCAUGUCAGCGAUGGAAGGCGUACCCUUUGUGCUGCAUGAACGAUACGCGACAGACGGUAACAAUCUCCGACAGUACGAGAUCCCACACAUCCAGCUCAAGUCCUUCAAAGAGAUUGAAUCCGAGUACGACUACGACUUCUUGACGGAGAGAAGUGCGGCGGCCGCGAGGAAGCCGCCGGCCAUGUCGUGAGGCGCGACGACGACCCCGGCCUCCCGCCUUCGCCGCCCUCUUCAUCCUCCGUGCACGUGCAAACGCCGCGCAGCCAUCGUCACAAAGAAGCCAUCUCGGGAGCCAAGUGGGGGGGUGUAGGGGCGGGGGGAGACUUUCGACGAGAAAUUAAUGAUCCCGAAAAUGUAAUUUACGGCGGGAAGGGGAUUUGGUGGAGCUUAAUUUCCAGUUGCCGGCGGGGUUGAGAGGUGCAAGCUCAAUCUGUCCGAUGUCAAAUGGAAACGUGCGAUUCUGCCGCGGAAAUUUGCCUACCGUGGAAAAUUGAGAUCUCAAUGUCUUGAUGCGUGUCGGGAGUUUGGCGUCGGAACGCCGACGCUGCAAUCCUUAACGUCCCUAAUUCAGUUCCACGCGCACGCCGAGCGUCGUCGUUAAUACUUUUUCGUUACGUCCAAAUGAAGUGUCGCGUCCGCCGUUCGCAAAAGUCGGGGGGGGGGGGGGGGGGGGGAAGCAGACUGGUGCGGGACGAUGAACUGGUUGGGCGCAUUGCGUCGACGCGGGUGUACAUUGCAAAGUUGUGUUUACAGAGUUUUAACUGUCGCAUGUUAAUUUUUUUUUUUUAAUGCGUGUUAAUCGUGAUCCCUUCCGAUCUUUCUUCGUCGGGUCUCGCGAGGGCGAGAGACAGUAAUUGACCUUCCAACGUCUGUCCGCCCAUUUUAUUUGUACAUAGCUCUUAGAAGAAAGUGUGAGUUCGUCUUGCCCCCGUAGUCGUUGUUGUUGUUGUUGACCUUUCACCGCUGAGAAAAUCAAACCGUCGAAUCGUACUCGUUUGUGUAGGUGUUUAUUGUGAGUCACAUUUUAAUCAUUGCGGCACCACCUCAAGAGGUAUUUUAUCUUUACACGGAUGUGGGUCCCCGUGUUUUAAUGCUUCAUUCUCAUCCUCACGAGCACACUCUCACUUUUUGCGUGUCGCUCUCACCAAGACGAGGAGCUCUCCUUAACCUUUUUCCAUUCCGAUGGUGUACGUCAUCAGUUUUUUUUUUUCUCCCGAUUCCAUUCCGGUGACACACGUGUACGUACGUCUACCUACGUGUAUACCAUCGGAACGGAACCGGAA